GCUACAAUGAGCAGCUUCUUAGACUACUCGGUGAUGAGCGGUGAAGGUGGCUCGUGCUCUGUUAGGGCUUUUCACUCGGACCACGGGAUUACAACUUUCCAGUCCUGCGCGGUUACUGUCAACAACUGCGGGACAGAUGACCGCUUCGUGGGGAGCAGGGCAUCCCCUGACGGGAUCCCGCACCAGUCGGGGUCAUACCAGUCUACUGCGAACUCUCUGGGUCUCACCUAUGGGGCCCAUCCGGCCUGCAGCUCCAGCUAUGGACCACAAAGUUUCUGUGCUACGUAUAACCAUUACGCGCUCAACCAGGAAGUGGACUCCACAGCGGGAUUCCCUCAGUGCGGCCCACUGAUGUACUCGGGUAACAUUUCCUCCUCCAUGGUGUCUCAGCAUCGCCAAGGUUACAGUGCCGCCCCACUGGGUCAACUGCAGUAUGCCCACGCUGCCUAUGGCGGCGGGCACGAGCAAGCUGCCCCUUUUCCUGGGUGCUCAAACCCGCUGUCACCACUGCACGCAGCUCACCUGGAGGCUUGCUGUUCACCUCUGUCUGAGGGCGCAUCUUCUGCACAAACCUUCGACUGGAUGAAAGUCAAAAGGAACCCUCCGAAAACAGGCAGGUCUGGGGAGUACGGUUAUGGGGGUCAGCCGAACACGGUCCGGACCAACUUCACCACCAAGCAGCUGACGGAGCUGGAAAAGGAGUUCCACUUCAACAAGUACCUGACCCGUGCUCGGCGCGUUGAGAUCGCGGCAGCGCUGCAGCUGAAUGAGACUCAGGUGAAAAUCUGGUUCCAGAACCGGAGGAUGAAGCAGAAGAAGAGGGAGAAAGAAGGGCUGCUGCCAGCCAAAGCUCCAUCCUCACACCCGGGAGAGAGCAGUCAAGAGAAAAUGGACGAUGCAGAAUCUGAGAAGUCAAUCUCAGCUCCCUCUACUCCUUCUCCCAUAUCCUCCACGGUGUCUGAUCCUUACUCCUCCAACUAAAAACCUACUGCCUCCUUAAUUCCUCGGGCCACAGGCGGCCUGUAUAUAAUAAAGCUCAUACCAAGUGUAUCAAAGCCAAAGUCCUGGUGGAUGGGUGACAGAUGUGGACAUUAAGGAUGAAUUAAUGCACUAUUUGGGACUUUGGACAAUAAUAUGGACCAUUUCUGAGUUAUAGUUUUGUUUUAUAUUGUGCCAUGUGUUCGUAAGAACGAUAUCAUUGCUGUCCAAACAACAAUAAUUCAAAAUGUGUCCACGUUAUUUUGAAAUUUAACGUAAAAUACGCGUUGCGCCACGACUAUGAUGGUGCAGAGGAUUUCAAGUCCCUUCCUUACACCUGCUCCUGACCAGUGCUGCUGAAUGUGCCAAGUCACGAAGCUGCACACACAAACAAAUACCUCAUAUGUGCCAAAGUUAUGCGUAAUGGCCACGGCCAGGGUGAUUGCACUGGAUGUCGUCAAUUAGGCAUCACACAAUCAAAGAGAUGACCUCGUUUAUUAAUCGUUAUAGAGUCUAUUGUUAUAGUACCUCCUUAAUCACUGUCCCCUCUAUGUGUUUGUGUGUCACGACUGUCUGAAUGUCUAUUGUGUGAGAUUUGCAUGAUGCAUAAUGCUUUCAUGUAUUAUUAUUAUUAUUAUUAGCGGGCCGCUGAGUUUUAUCAGUUGGGGAACCGGUCAUGUAAGGCCAUGUAUGUUCCAGGCUUUUAUCUGUUAUCUAUUUAAUCCAGUGGAG